AUGUCCCUGGACAUGGCGGCGCAGCAGUACCUGGCUACCGGCACGCUGCCGGGCACGGAGGCCUGGCAGCCGGCACCGGCGCCCCCGCCGCCGCCCCCGCCGCAGUCUGGGUACCAGCCGCCGUCGCUGCCAUCGCUCCCUCCGUCGCAGAUCACGGGCGAGGCCAUCGGAUGGCUGGUGCCCAACGACCGCGCGCCGCGGCUGAUCGGGAAGCAGGGGGCGGGGCUGAAGCAGAUCCGCGAGGCGUGCAGGCAGCGGGUCGAGGCCCGCCCGGAGGCGGACCCGAGCAGCGCGCUGCCUCCCGCGUUCUGCCGCGUCUCCAUCUCGGGGCCGCACGACGCGAUGUGCGCGGGCUUCGCGCAAGCCCUGCAGAGGGCGUACGACAAGGACAUGCAGGAACGGCCCCAGGACCCGAUCGCAGUGGAGAUCCGCAUACCUCCGAGCUGGGUGGGGAUGGUGAUCGGCAAGGGCGGCGAGAAGCUCAAGGCGGUCAGGUCCACCUACUCUGUGGAGGCGACGGUCGGGAGAGAGCCCGUGUGGCAUGCCGCGACCGGCGCGGAGGAGCGCGCCCUGACCCUCACGGGCCCCGGGCCCGCGCUGCCGCAGGCGCUGCAGCUGCUGAUCACGUCGAACAGGGGCCCGGGCGCUGGGGGGGCGCCGGCGGGGCUCGGCAACGUGGCCGGGUUGGCAGGGCUGGCCGGGAUACCAGGCCUUUCACAGCUCACCGCUGGAGCCUCACCGCAGGGCGAGCGCGCCGACAACUCGAACUCGGCCCCGAGGGAUCCGGACGAGGUGCGCAUUCAGGUCGUGAUACCGAGCCAGCUGGCGGGCGUGAUCAUCGGGAAGGGGGGCGAGAGGAUCAAGCAGACCGGAACGCAGUCGGGGUGCUACGUGAAGAUGGCGGCCAGAGAGGAGGGUGCCGAGAAGCGCUUGUGCAUCGUCAGUGGGGCGCUCGAGCCCUGCAUUGUCGCGCAGACGGCCCUCUGGGAGCAGCUGAAGGAGGGCUACGCCUCCAACAACAUGGGAGAGCCGCAACAAUUCAGCACCACGAUGCUGCUUCCGAGGGUGAUGUGUGGCGCUGUGAUCGGGAAGCAGGGUGCGACGGUGAAUGCGCUCCGUCAGCAGACGGGGGUGCAGAUCCAACUCGACAACGAGAGCAGGGAGGGUGAUACCAGGCCCUGCAAGAUCGAGGGCGGGCUCAUGCAGGUGGCGCUCGCGCAGCGGAUGGUGCACGCCGUGAUCAAGCAGGAGUGCGCCAAGCACCCCGAGAAGCUCGCCGCCAUGCAGGCGGGAGGCUCCCAGGGCGCCGGGAGCCAGCCGCCCUCGGCCCUGGCGACGCUCGCGCAGGCGCUGCAGCAGCAGCCACACCUGGCCGCUCAGCUCGGGCUGGGCCAGGCGUCCGCGGGGCUGGCGCCCCCACCGCCGCCCCCGGCGCCACCCAUGGCUGGCUUUCAAGAGCAGCCUCCGGCGAAGAGGGCCCGCACCGACGGGGGGCCGCCCAACAUGUCCCACUUGGGCCCCGAGUGCGAGACGAAGCUGCUCGUGCCGGAGGCGUCGGCGGGCUACGUCAUCGGCACAAAGGGCGCCAAUCUGCAGGCCGCGAGGGAGACGUUCGGCGUGCACGUGAAGGUCGUCAGAUCGGAGGAGGCACCCCACUGGAUCGGGGAGCGGAUGGUCAUCGUGAAGGGGCCGAGCGGCACGCGCCCUCCAGCCGUGGAGCACGUCGCGAACAACGCGUUCGCGAAGCAGCAGCCCAACGACAACGUCUGCCUCAAGCUCCUGGUCCCGUACGAGAAGCUCGGGUACGUCGUGGGGGAGGAGGGCGCCAUACUCCGAUGGCUGAUGGACAACUUCGGCGUCAUCACAGAGGUGGGAACUGAAAACGUGCAGGGCGACCACGUCUUCAUGCUCCACGGGCCGAAGGCCAACGUGCUCCAGGCCGCACGCCAGACGACCUCGCUGCUCGACACGGAGGCGUCGGCCGCGGCGCCUCAGGAGCAGCCUGAGCCACAGGCGGCGCUCCCGGUCCCCGCGCCGCCACCGGUGGACCCCGCCACUGGCAUGGCGCCGAUGACUGCUUCGACCGAGGCGCAGUACCUGGCGCAGUACCAGCAGCAGCUGUAG